UUUUUUUGUUUAUUGCAAUCGACAUAGGUUUCUGAACAAAGCAUUGCUAGUACCUGAUGGUUCAGAGGAAGAUAGGAAUAUUUGUAGCAUCAGCGAGGUUGAGGAUGCAAAGGCAAUUCUCAGGCUAUUUCCGAUAUGGGCAACAUGUUUGACAUAUGGAAUUGUAUUUUCACAGUCAUCCACUUUGUUUAUCAAGCAAGGAGUUACAAUGGACAGAUCUAUCAGUCCAAGCUUUGAAGUACCAGCCGCUUCACUACGAUCAUUUAUCACUCUUUCGAUAAUUGUGUUUAUCCCUAUAUAUGAUCGUAUUUUGGUUCCUACUGCAAGAGCUAUAACCACAAAACCUUCAGGUAUAACUAUGCUCCAACGGAUUGGAGCAGGGCUAUUUAUCUCAAAUCUUUCAAUGGUCAUAGCUGCUCUAGUUGAGAUGAAGCGUCUUGAAACUGCUCAAGAGUACGGUUUGGUUGAUAAGCCAAAGGCUACGAUUCCCAUGAGUGUGGUCUGGUUGAUACCUCAGUAUUUGAUUUAUGGAGUUUCUGAAGCACUUGCUAUGGUUGGUUUGCAAGAACUUUUCUACGAUCAAAUGCCGAAUCAAUUGAAAAGCACAGGUCUCGCUCUAUACCUCAGUAUCUUAGGGAUAGGAAGUUUUCUAAGCAGCUUUCUCAUCUCUGUUAUUGAGAAAGCCACAAGCAGGCAUGGACACGAGAGCUGGUUCUCAGACAACUUGAACAAGGCACACCUGGAUUACUUCUACUGGCUGCUUGCCGGACUUAGCGCUAUUGCAUUAGCUGCUUAUGUAUAUUUUGCAAAGUCCUAUGCUUAUAAUCGAGGAAGAAACGUCGACUACAAAGGCCGCCCCGUCAACCGCUCCAAAUCCGGCCGCUGGAAAUCCGCAUCUUUCAUCAUAGGUGUAGAGAUGGCGGAGAGGUUUGCUUAUUGCGGAAUAAAUUCGAAUUUGAUAAGUUACUUGACAGGCCCUCUCGGCCAAUCCACUGCCACGGCGGCCGAGAACGCCAAUGCUUUGUCCGGUACGUCGCAGCUCUUGCCGCUUUUGGGUGCAUUUGUCGCCGACUCGUUUCUGGGUCGUUACCGCACCAUCAUACUUUCCUCUCUGCUAUACAUCAUGGGACUUGGCUUCUUGACCCUUUCAACAGUUUUUACCUCUUCGAAGUCAUCUGACUGUCAACAUGCAACAAAUGCUAUGAAUUGUUCUCCUUCUGAGUUCCAAAUUAUCUUCUUCUUUUUUGCAUUGUACAUCAUAGCAGUAGCUGAAGGAGGGCAUAAGCCUUGUGUACAAGCUUUUGGAGCUGACCAAUUCGAUGGACAAGAUCCUGAAGAGUGCAAAGCCAAAAGCUCAUUUUUCAACUGGUGGUAUUUCGGUAUGUGUGGGGCUAUAACAGUCACAUUAGUGGUUUUGACCUAUAUUCAAGAUAACCUUAGUUGGGGCCUUGGAUUUGGAAUUCCCUGCCUUGUAAUGGUUUUUGCACUCAUCUUGUUCUUGCUUGGGACUUUUACCUACCGAUUUUGCGUCACUAGUGAGGAGAUAAGCCCUUUUGUGAGAAUUGGGCGGGUAUUUCUGAAAGCAGCUAGGAAUUGGAGAAUCACCUCUUUAUCAUUAUCCAUGGAAGGGGAGUCUCAGGGCUUUCUGCCUUGCCAAGGUUCACAAGAGUUCAAGUUUCUGAACAAAGCAUUGGUAGCACCUGAGGGUUCAAAGGAAGGUGGCAACGGUUGUAGUAUCAGGGAGGUUGAAGAGGCAAAGGCAGUUCUGAGGUUAUUUCCGAUAUGGACCACAUGUUUGGUCUAUGGAAUUGUAUUUGCGCAAUCAUCCACUGUGUUUACAAAGCAAGGUGCUACAAUGGACAGAUCUAUUAGUCGAAGCUUUGAACUACCAGCUGCAUCGCUGCAGUCUUUUAUCACUCUUUCGAUAGUUGUCUUUAUACCUAUAUACGACCGAAUCUUAGUCCCCAUCGCAAGGGCUAUAACCUCAAGACCUUCAGGUAUAACAAUGCUGCAGCGAAUUGGAAUUGGAAUACUUCUGUCAACUGUUUCUAUGUGUAUAGCUGCUGCGGUUGAGAUGAAGCGUCUUGAAACUGCUCAAGAGUACGGGUUGGUUGAUAAACCAGAGGCUACAAUUCCUAUGAGUGUGAUCUGGAUGAUACCUCAAUACUUAAUUCUGGGAGUAUCUGAAUCGCUUACCAUGGUUGGUUUGCAAGAAUUUUUCUAUGAUCAAGUGCCUAAUCAAUUGAAAAGUACAGGUCUGGCUCUAUACCUCAGUAUCUUAGGGAUAGGAAGCUUUCUGAGCAGCUUUCUCAUUUCUGUAAUUGACAAAGCCACAAGCAGGCAUGGACAUCAGAGUUGGUUCUCGGACAACUUGAACAAAGGACACCUGGAUUACUUUUACUGGCUCCUUGCCGGACUUAGUGCUAUUGCAUUAACUGCUUACCUAUAUUUUGCAAAAUCCUAUGUUUAUAACAGAGGAGGAAGUAAUAUAUGAAGUUGCCUGCCAUGUCUAUCCUGCUCAAUGGUUUGGUAGAAAGGAGACGACAGUACAGGAUGUAAGACAUUUAUAUGGAAAGUGUUUAUAUAAACCAUGAUGGCAAAAUGAUG